CCGCAUGCGCAUCCAUUCCAUCCCUUUCUCUUCUCAUCUCUUCUCUUCCUCCUCCCGAUCCAGAUCCGGCUGCUAGGGUUUUUUUCGAAGAGGAUCGAUGAGGGAGAUCAUCAGCAUUCACAUUGGCCAGGCCGGGAUCCAGGUCGGCAAUGCCUGUUGGGAGCUGUACUGCCUCGAGCACGGCAUCCAGCCUGAUGGCAUAAUGCCCAGCGAUAGCUCAGUUGGAAUGGCUUGCGAUGCCUUCAAUACGUUCUUCAGUGAAACUGGUGCUGGAAAGCAUGUACCUCGGGCCAUAUUUGUGGAUCUGGAGCCGACUGUCAUUGACGAAGUUAGAACAGGAACUUAUCGCCAGCUCUUCCACCCUGAGCAGCUCAUCUCUGGAAAGGAAGAUGCUGCAAAUAAUUUUGCCAGGGGUCAUUACACAGUGGGGAAGGAAAUCGUAGAUCUCUGCUUAGAUCGUGUUAGGAAACUCGCUGACAACUGCACUGGUCUGCAAGGGUUUUUAGUCUUCAACGCUGUUGGUGGUGGUACUGGAUCUGGUUUGGGAUCUUUACUCUUGGAGAGACUCUCUGUUGAUUAUGGCAAGAAAUCAAAGCUUGGCUUCACCAUCUAUCCCUCUCCUCAGGUCUCUACGGCAGUUGUGGAGCCAUAUAACAGUGUGCUUUCUACUCAUUCUUUGCUCGAGCACACUGAUGUUGCAGUGCUCUUAGACAACGAGGCAAUCUACGAUAUCUGCCGAAGGUCUCUAGAUAUUGAGCGGCCCACUUAUACCAACCUCAACAGAUUGAUUUCUCAGGUCAUAUCUUCCUUGACCACCUCUCUAAGGUUUGACGGAGCCAUUAAUGUGGAUAUCACUGAGUUCCAGACUAAUCUUGUCCCGUAUCCUAGAAUCCAUUUCAUGCUUUCCUCGUAUGCCCCAGUUAUUUCAGCUGAGAAAGCAUACCAUGAACAACUAUCUGUCCCUGAAAUCACGAAUGCUGUAUUUGAGCCUUCCAGCAUGAUGGCUAAAUGUGAUCCCAGACAUGGAAAAUACAUGGCUUGUUGUUUGAUGUACCGCGGAGAUGUUGUCCCCAAGGAUGUCAAUGCUGCCGUUGCCACCAUUAAGACUAAAAGAACCGUCCAAUUUGUUGAUUGGUGCCCUACUGGUUUCAAGUGUGGUAUUAACUACCAGCCGCCCACAGUGGUGCCUGGCGGAGACCUAGCCAAGGUUCAGCGUGCUGUGUGCAUGAUCAGCAACAACACUGCCGUUGCCGAAGUAUUCUCAAGAAUUGACCACAAGUUUGAUCUCAUGUACGCCAAGCGAGCAUUUGUUCACUGGUACGUUGGUGAAGGAAUGGAAGAAGGGGAGUUCUCAGAAGCACGAGAGGACUUGGCUGCACUCGAGAAGGAUUACGAGGAGGUUGGCGCAGAAGGUGCAGAUGAAGACGGGGAAGAUCCUGAAGAUUACUAAGUGAUCUUGUUUCCUUAAUGGGAUUUGGUUUUUGUUCAUCUGCUUUGGAGAAUCAUUGUAUCUGCUUGAAGCUUUGCCAUCUUUUUGUAUUGGAAAUUUGGAAUGUUUAAGACCGUAAACCUGAACUGUUUCAGCUAUUCUGCUUACAAUUUGACUCGUAUCAUAUCGUUAAUGCUA